GGCAAAGUGGGCUGCUCUUCUACCUCGGUUACAGGCUCUAGAUCAUUUGCUGAACUCGGUGACGUGGAGGGAGAGGUUCGUGUCAGUUUGCAUGGGUGAUCAGCAUCCGGAUCGAGACUUGAUUCUUCAGUGGUCGGGGGACAAGUUGGGGGGCCUCCGCUGGGAAGUCAUUGCGAAUUUUUGCAGGGAUGUGCUUCCGGUGCAAGGGCUGCUCCGAAAUUCGUGGGAUCUGAAGAGGUACCUCAAGGGCACAGACGAGUCCGAGAAGAGGAAGGCGCCAACGCAAGAGACGCGCCCCAGCUCGACCGCCAUGCCCUUUGAAGGGCUGCAAAGCGCCAGAGCUUGCGCAAG